UACCUCAGGACAAUAGCAGCGAAUGAGCGCUUAAUUAAAUUAAUUAGUCCUUCUUGUCAAUCUCAGAUUAAUGGCCAAUAGCGACGAUGCUGCCUAAUGUUUUUUCUACUCCUCUUCCUCUCCCUCUCUCUCCUGUAUGAGUGAAGAAGGGGAAGGGGGGCUCAUCCCGGCAUCCUGAGGGGAGGUAAUUUGCACGGAUCAAGGGGGCAAGGCGCCGCAAAGUAUAAAUACUGUGACUUCAAUAGAGGAGCACCAGCAGGUUCCCAACUCCGCUACCAAAGGAGGAGGAAUUGGCUGAGAAGAUCGAUUCUUUCUAUAUUUUUUACCUCUUCCCAGAGUUGGCACUAGAAGCAGCAGCAUCAUCAUCAUCAUUUUUCCAAAGUGGGGGUCGACUUUAAACCGAGCCACACCAUUGAUGUCUUAAGCUGUCGUGGAGCAAAGAGUGUGUGACUGAGAGUGUGUGUGAGGUGUGUGUUUCUCAAAGAGGAGAGUGCAGGCAGGGAUGGAAGAGCUCACCGCGUUCGUGUCUAAGUCUUUCGAUCAGAAAGUAAAGGAGAAGAAGGAAGUGAUAACCUACAGGGAGGUGUUGGAGACCGGUUCCACGCGAGCAGGGAGCAGGGAGUCUUUAUCGGGGGAGCCCGGGAGUCGAGAGGAGGCAGCGGCAGGAGUCACCCGGAACGUGGCGCUCUCGCCGGGCAGGGAAACGGACAUGCUCGGCCCGGAGAGGAUCAGGGACGCCGGGAGCCCCAAACUCAUAGACGGCACCACGGACGUGAAGGAAAGGAAAGAGGACUCGAAGCCCAUAGAGGACGAGACACAGGCUAAAAUCAAACAGAGGAGAAGUCGGACUAACUUCACGUUAGAGCAGCUCAACGAGCUGGAGCGGCUCUUCGACGAGACGCACUACCCGGACGCCUUCAUGCGCGAGGAGCUGAGCCAGAGGCUGGGACUGUCCGAGGCCCGAGUACAGGUUUGGUUCCAGAAUAGGAGAGCCAAAUGCAGAAAGCAGGAGAACCAGUUACAUAAAGGAGUCCUGAUUGGAGCAGCCAAUCAGUUUGAAGCUUGUCGUGUAGCGCCAUAUGUCAACGUCGGGGCUCUACGGAUGCCAUUCCAACAGGAUAGUCAUUGCAACGUGCCGCCCUUCUCCUUUCAGGUGCAGGCGCAGCUGCAGCUGGACAGCGCCGUCGCCCACGCGCAGCACCACCUGCACUCCCACCUGGCGGCGCACGCGCCCUACAUGAUGUUUCCCGCGCCGCCGUUCGGACUGCCCCUGGCGACGCUUGCGGCCGAGUCCGCAUCCGCCGCCUCCGUCGUGGCCGCCGCAGCCGCCGCCAAGAACACCAGCAAGAACUCCAGCAUCGCCGACCUGAGACUGAAGGCCAAAAAGCACACGGCCGCGCUGGGACUGUGACGCCAGGUGGUCGGGUGGACGCAAGCCGUGCACGCCAUGUCUGCCACGUCCGCGCGACUAAGAGAUGCUGAACACUUUCAAAGUGAGACAAUACAAGGACAAAGUGAGAGAAAAAUAUCCAAGGACGAUAUUUAUGAUUUUUUAAAUGAAGGACGACGAGUAUAACUAUAAAACAUAUAGGCUAUUUAUGAGACAAAGAAAAGACAAUGAAAGAAAAAGAGACUGUGAUGUGAUAGCCUACCCAUAGGUGAUUUUGGACGGAGGGACUGGAACUACUACAGCCACAUGGCUGAGGAGGACACCCUGAGGAGGAAGAGGAAGCAGCUGGGACGGUCGAUACUUUGUCAAACAAGGCGAACCAUUCUGCAGUUGUUUUAUUAUUAUUAUAUUGUUAUUGUUAAGAUUUCAUUUGAACCUAUAUAGAGGCUGGCCUCGUUCUAAAACACGUUCUCUUUAAAAAAAAAAAAAGACAGAGCAGUUAAGAAAAAAUGACAUUAAUUCAAGUUUUUCUCCCUCUACUGUUUCCUGUACAAAAUUCAGAAAAUGCCCAAGCAGUGUUUGCAUGAGUUUGUCCUCAUCUCUCUCUCUCUCUCCCUCUCCCUCUCCCUCUCUCUCUCUCUCUCUCU